AUGACUUUGGAGGUGGAUUUAAGGAGUCACAUUCUUAGUGCUCUACAUGCAGAUUCAUGGUACCAGUCGGUCAGAUCAGAGAUAGCAUCAGGUAGAGCCUUGGAAGUGGAACAAAUAUUUGUCAAAGACAUCAUCAAGUUGCAUGAUAUUCCACGUAAGAUUAUAUCAGAUAGAGAUCUUGUGUUCGCUUCUGCAUUCUGGAUAGUACUUCAGUACAAUUUAGGCACCCAGUUGAACUAUAGUACAACAUAUCACCCAGAGACAGAUGGUCAGAUAGAGUCAUGGACGAGCAGCUUUCUUUGGAGCCCUGCACAUUCUUCAGUGCAGAGAGAUAUCUCUCAAAGGUCGGGGAAUAGAGCAGAGUACCCAUAUCCGUUUAUGACAGCAGAUGCUCAAAAGGCAGCUUCAAGAUCAUAUGAUUACAUUGUGGUUGGAGGAGGUACAGCGGGAUGUCCCCUGGCAGCAACUCUCUCACAGCACUACUCUGUUUUAGUAUUGGAGAGGGGAAACUCUACUUACGGAAUUCCCGAUGUGGAGGAUUUCAGAGGGUCUUCCACAACUAAUCCCAACGUAGCGCAGGCGUUUGUCUCAGAAGAUGGAGUGCAGUUGGUACGGGCGAGAGUUUUAGGAGGUGGAUCAGCCAUCAACGGUGGAGUCUACAGCAGGGCGAGCACUGAAUAUAUUCGGAAAAUAAAGUGGGAUGAGAAACUUGUAUAUGAGUCAUAUGAAUGGAUAGAACGGUUGAAUGCCUUCCAACAAUACAAGCUUUCUACUUGGAAUUCUGCUACCAAGGAUGGGCUUCUUCAAGCUGGAGUUCUUCCUUACAACGGCCACACUUUAGAUUAUUUGGUUGGCACCAAGAUCAGUGGCUCAAUCUUUGACGAGAAUGGACAGAGACAUACAGCCGCAGAUCUACUCCAGUAUGCAAAUCCAGAAAAUAUUGUAGUUCUUCUCAAUGCUACUGCCAGCAGAAUACUCUUCAGUUUGGGAUCAGGAAAGCCAAAGGCUAGCGGAGUGGACUUCAGAAGCAACAAUGAUGGUCUCAUUUAUCAAAUUUCACUUAACCAAUUGUCAAUCAAUAGUGAGGUGAUUUUGUCAGAGGAAGCAUAG